CGAUCUUUACAGUCACACACUUUACUAAUAGCGUCAAGCGCUAGCCGGAUUUCAUUUGAGAUGUGGAGAAUGCUUCAAAGAUCAAGGCUAAUAAGUCAGAGAGGACUGUCCUCUAUACUAGAGCUCACACAGCAAGUCAAGAUGCAAAGCUCACUACUACCCCAGUCAGUCAAGAUUGUGGAGGUGGGUCCCAGAGACGGACUCCAGAACGAGAAAGUCAGUGUUCCCACUGAGACCAAAGUCACUCUCAUCAACAAGCUCUCUCAGACUGGCCUCAAAGUGAUCGAAGCAACCAGCUUUGUCUCACCAAAGUGGGUGCCACAGAUGAGUGACCACAGUGAGGUAAUGGCGGGUAUACAGAGGGUGCCUGGUGUGACCUACCCCGUGCUCACUCCCAACCUGAAGGGAUUCGAGGAGGCGAUUUCUUGUGGAGCUACGGAAGUGGCCAUCUUUGGGGCAGCCUCUGAAUCGUUCAGUCAGAAGAACAUCAACUGUUCUAUUGAUGAGAGCAUAGAGAGAUUUAGAGAGCUGUGUGAGGCGGCCGCAAAGAUGAGUGUACCAGUGAGAGGGUAUGUGUCCUGUGUGCUUGGUUGUCCCUAUGAGGGAAAGGUGUCUCCAAGUAAAGUGGCAGAGGUAGCAGUCAAGUUAAAGAACCUCGGAUGCUAUGAGAUCUCUCUAGGUGAUACGAUUGGAGUUGGCACUCCAGGAACUAUGGCAGCCAUGCUAGAGGAAGUGAUGUCACAGCUUCCUGCUUCCUGUCUGGCCGUUCACUGUCACGACACUUAUGGACAAGCACUGGCCAAUAUUCUGAUAGCUCUUCAGGCGGGAGUCUCGGUAGUGGACACAUCGAUAUCGGGGCUAGGGGGCUGUCCCUAUGCCCCAGGGGCCUCAGGCAAUGUGGCUACUGAGGAUGUGGUGUACAUGUUGAAUGGGCUAGGCAUACAAACAGGAAUUGAUAUGAGUAAACUCCUGGAGGCUAGCAAGUACAUUUCUAACCAACUGAAUAGAGAACCAACUUCUAAAGUAGCUCGUGCAAUGAAUAGCAAAUCUAGACUGUGACCAAAUCAUCGUGUGUUGUGUUGUGUUUUUAACCAUUGGUCAAUAUGAUUUUUUGUCUGUAUAUACAUGGUGAUUAAUUUUGUGACGUUUACAUUCACACAAUAUCGAUAUCCUGUCUUACAUCCGGAGUGCAUUG